AUGUAUACCAGAGAAACUGAAUGGCUCUUUGAAAAAUCCUAGAUGCAAUAAAGAAUCAAUCAGCUAGAAGCCUAACUUAGAGGCCAGGAAAAUAUAAAUAAUGACUUGAUCAAAAGGAUUAAAAUGCUUGAGUUUUCAUUGAGACAAGAAAGAGUUAAAUAUGCUAAAUUAGCAUAGGGAAAUUCUAGUAUUGGCAACACUGAUAUCAUCGGUAGUGUUCUUUAAAAAGCUAAUUUAAAUACAAAUUUGUAUGAUAAAAUUGCCAAAAGAAGAGCAAAAGCUUAGAGACCACUCCUUUUAAAAGGAUUUGAAGAGAGAAAGUAAAAUGCUCAUAACAAUGAUAGACUAGCUACUCUCGCUUAAACUGAAUUGGAUUAGAAGAAUGUGAAUGUUAAGGAGAUCUAACCAAAAUAUCUAUUAAAGUCACAUCUAGAUAUUGUUAGAGGGUUGCUAUUUGUAUAGGAUAUUGAUGUCUUAGCUUCAAUAUCUGAGGACUGUACAGUCAAGCUCUGGAACCUCAAGAAUCUUGAAUAGAAUUAUGAUGAGACUGAGGGCAAUCCAGAACCAUAUAUAACUCUCAGAGGUCAUACUGGGCCACUUUUCUCAGUCACAGGUCCUCACAAUACUUAUUCAAAAGUCAUUUUCACUGCUGGAAAUGAAGGAAUAAUUAGAGUGUUUAAUUUACCAACCUUGAAUGAGGUAAAUCAAUUUGGAGACACUUAUGAUGGCAAAAAUUAUUGUAUUGGAUCAUGGCAAGAAGAAAAUACUGAGGCUUAUUGGGAUAUUAGGCAUCAUCCCUACUCUAAUCUAUUACUCUCAAUAAAUGCUAACAACUCAGUUAAUGUCUGGAGCACUAAUGAUAUUCAACUAGACAAUAAUGAGAAUAAGGGAAAGAUUCUGAAUUCGUUUAACUUUACCGAUCAAUCAAUCAAGAAUUAAUAAGAAGUAGCCACUUCUUGCACUUGGCUAGAAACGUAGCAUCAAAAUUUUGCUGUUGGCUACAGAUCAUCAGUCGUUGCUAUUUUCGAUAAUCAAACUUCACAGCCAAUUUUCAGCUAAGCUCUUCUCUAAGCAAAUCCUAGAAACCUAUACUUCAACUAAAUUAACUCAUUAGUUUCACAUUAGAAUAUGAGCCUACUAGCUGCUGGUCAUGAGAAUGGAACUCUUAGCUUUAUUGAUUACAAUUCAAAUAAGGUUAUUAAGACAGUAGCAGAUGCUCACAAGGACAGUAUAAGCUGCGUUAAAUUUGCAGUUUACAAUGGAAGAAUCAAUCUCAUCUCAGGUUCCCAUGAUGGAAGCAUCAAGAUAUGGGAUCUCAGAAACCACAGAUGCAUCGGCGAAGUAGCCAGAGCUCAUACGCGCAAAUACGAUGAGGGUGUGAUGUGCAUCGAUAAUCACAAUGGCAUGCCAUUUUUCGCUUCAGGUGGUGCAGACUGUAUAAUAAAUAUAUAUGAGCUCAAUCUUAACUGA